AUGGUCAAGAUCCUUUCCAAAUUCACUGUUGGCAUUCGAGUCUCAUUCUUGCCUCGUGCUUUUGCUACGCGUGAGCUCGCUGAAACCUACCAUACAACCAAAGCAAGCAAGGAGCGCUUGUAUGGUAUGAUUACUGCUGUCGAAUUCGCUACCGAUGGUACCAAGAUGGCUGUGAUCGACGUGGAAGGAUUUGCUGAAUUGCCAGUGAGAAUCAAGUUGGGCUCUUUGAAGGACGAGUCGGCCACAACCGCCACCACCACACCAAUGGAGGAUAUUCAGGGACAACCUGAAACAACCGAAAUUGAAGGCCUCGUCGACUACGAAAGCGACAGCAGCAGUGAAAGUGAUGCGGAUGAUAAUGAUGAUUCUGUUGACAACAAUGAGGAUGAGGAGCAUGUUGACCAAUGGAGAGAUGAUGAGAUAGUAAUCGAUAGACGAUUUAUUGACCUCGGCUAUAUGCAGCAACCGCAACUCACCCUUCAUGAUAUCGCUUCCAAGACACCUCUUGAUAUGUUCAAGCACUUCCUUCCUAUGGACUAUAUCGGAGAGCAUGUAAUUCAUGCAAUCAAUGCAAAUGCGGCUGCUAUGUCAAUCCAAUAUUGGAAGACGUUGACCAUUGACGAGUACUUGCUUUGGAUUGGUCUGUGGACGGCAAUGGUACUAAUCCCAUUGAGUGAUCGUGCUGAAUACUGGUCGACAACCCCAACAUUCCUCAGGAUGUCACCUCUCAACUUUGGUCGAUGGAUGCCUAAACGUCGUUUUGAUUCGAUUUUGCAAGCACACACGUUAGAGCAUCCUGAUGUAAUCAGUUCUUCGCGUGAUCCUUUAGUGGCUAUUCGUGCAUUCGUUGAUGCAUACAAUGAUAACUUGGUUACAGCAAUGAUUCCUGGUAGAACGAUGACCAUUGAUGAGUCGAUGAACCAAUGGCUCGGUAAGGUAUCUCGCAUGCCUAACGUGAAAAAGAUCAUUGGAAAGCCCCAUCCCGUAGGGCAAGAAUUCAAAAACAUUGCCGAUGCAUCCACCAACAUCAUGCUCAGAUUGGAUAUCAGUGAGAAGAAGCAAGAAGGGAAGAAGUUCUCCAAUCUUGGGUUGGUACCAGGAUGCAUGCUUAGGUUGACGGAGCCAUGGUUCGCCACUGGAAGGACUAUCGUUGCCGAUUCGUGGUUUGGUUCACCAGCUUCAGUUGCAGCCUUGCGCAAGAAGGGUUUGUAUAGCAUCUUGGCAUUGAAGAAAAGGAAGUAUUGGCCUCGUAAUGUACCUAGUGACAUUAUUGACAACUUGCCUUCAAUUUAUGGAUCCCAUGUGUGCAAAGUCAAGACCAUCGAUGAUGUGCCUAUGUUUGUGGCCGCUUUGAGAGAUCGAAAGCCGCAAUGCCUUAUCAGCACAUGCAGCACCACUCUUCCUGGUUCCGUUGUGUCGCAUAUUGUGAAAGAUAACAACCAAUCCAGAAGAGUAACCUUCCAGCGACCAGUGGUUUUCGAUGAGUAUCAUGCAGCAAAAGGCGCGAUCGAUAUCAACAACAACAUUCGCGAUAACAUGGCCUCGUACCAUGAUGUCAUUCGAAGCCAAAGUUGGCAACAUCGCUCGUUUGCUUUCUUCCUUGCAGUUGCUGAGGCAAAUGCAUUUCUUGCAUGGAGGGCAUUUGGAUCGGAAAACCUUCGUGGCAUCACCCAUUAUAAGUUCCGGGAACGAUUAGCAAGCGAAUUGGUGAAUGGGUAUGCGCCAUACAACCCUAGAAGCAAUGUUACCGCUCGUGGGCAUACUCAUAAGAUUGUGGGUGUGGGGCACAAGUAG